AGCGCGCUGAAUUGUCGCAGGAUUCAGCGCAGCACCACCUGCGGUUGUUUGCUGCAGUUAGCGCCAUGGCGGCAGUGCGCAGUUUACAGGUUAAAUCAGACAGCGGUUCGGAUCGCUCGGAACCGAACUCAGACUCCGAGUCAGAUCGAGAUGCCCGUGAGGCCGAACCAAUGGAGGUGGAGGAGGGAGAGCUGGAGGCGGAGGACAUCUCGGUUAACCGCUCUCUGAAGGAGCUGCUCCCGGACACCAGCCGGAGGUACGAGAACAAGGCCGGAGCGUUCAUCACCGGGAUAGACGUGAACUCGAAGGAAGCGUUUGAGAGGAAAGAGAAACGAGCAAGACGUUUCCACUUCCGCUGUGAGGAGAGCGUUGGUCAGAGGAACGUCUUCCUGGAUAAAGAUGCCAUGAAGAAAGCCAUCUUUAAACUGCGGAUGGAGGCGAUCCACGUGAGUGGUGUGGACGACAUGAGCACGCAGGAUGUGUUCGGGUACUUCAGGGAGUAUCCUCCAGCCCACAUUGAGUGGAUCAAUGACACUUCCUGUAACGUAGUUUGGCUGGAUGAUGACACCUGUAUCAGAGCUCUCAUCAACUCCAGCCAGAUGCCCACACCAGAGGUUGUUGUCACGGAGACGGAGUCCAGCGAGCAGCCGGGCAAACGGAACAAAACUCGACGGGUUCGAGGGUCGGAAGAAGAGGAUGAUGAUGAUGAUGAUGAAGAGGAGGAGGAGGAGGGAGAGGUGGAAGAGGAGGUGAAGAAGAAUGGUGAUGAAGAAGUGGACCAGAACAGGAAGGUGGAUGGUGGCCAGGUGGACGACUUGUCAGCAGCUGAGAGGGAGUCGCUGCUGAGGAACGAGCUGAGACCUGCCAUCAAACCGUUUAAAGGAAACAAACUGUUUCUGCGCUUUGCUACACAAGAUGAUAAGAAGGAGCUGGGAGCGGCUCGCCGCAGCAGGUACUACAUGAAGUAUGGAAACCCCAACUAUGGAGGCAUGAAGGGAAUCCUCAGUAACUCCUGGAAGAGGAGGUAUCACAACCGCCGCAUACAAAGAGACGUCAUCAAGAGCAAGAAACCUCUGAUUGGAGACAGCAUGGGACACACACCUCCAUACACACACCGACACUCAGCUGACCUGGUCAACCUGCCCGAGGAGCCCAUCAAAGAGGAGGAGGAGGAAGAAGAAGAGCAGGAGGACCAAGACGAGGACAUGGACUCGGAUGACAGGGUAGUGGAGUACAAGGAAAGGGGCGGAGACUCAAGGACGGUGGGGGCAGGGCUUUGCAGUAGAGCAGAGCGCUCCCCGUCUCCAUGGUCGGAGUCGGAUGAGAUGGACUACGACCUGGAGCUGAAGAUGAUCUCCACACCAUCACCCAAGAAGACCAAGAAGAUGACCAUGUACGCUGACGAGCUGGAGACUCAGCUGAAGACCAUCCGGAACCGGAUCGGAGCCUCUGGAUCACAAAGCAGGACCAAGUCCUCGUCUCCCGCCAAGGUGACGGAUGUCCGGCAGCUGCUUGAGGAGAAGCGACAGGGUGCGUCUCAGCACCGAGAGCGCCCCCCUGUGGCUAGCAGUGGAAAGACAGAUGUCCGACAGCGACUCGGAAAAAGACGGUACUCUCCAGACGAACGAUCCUCCCCUUCCCCAUUGUCCCCCAAAGACACGCCCCCGGUCAGAGAGCCUGUCAGUGAUGUACACCGCAGACUGGGUGUGGCCAACCAGGACAGCAGAAGCGUUUACUCCAAACCUGUCAGAGACAGAAAGACGAGUAGCCUGUGGAGCAGACUGGGCUCAAGCAACGGAGACGACGCCCCCAGCAAGCGCCGGGAGCAGGGGCGCUCCGAGGGGCUGUUCUCCUCGGCGCCGGGUCGGCAGGAUGGAAGCAGGAGGAGACGAGGUGAAGGCGAGCGGGAAGUGGAGGAGGAGGAUGACUCAAAGCUACAGAGGAUGUGGGGUGCCAUGAUCAAACAGAAACAGGACCGACUGACCCACAAGAUGAAGAAGAGCCGGCUGGACCACCUGCCCUCGCUGCAGAUCGAGAUCAGCCGCGACAGCACCGACGACUCGGACGUCUGAAGCUUGACCCACGUUCCAUUUCUCCUGAUUACAGUCAGGAUGGAGCAGCGCAUCAUGGGAAAAGGACGUUGAUCUGCUUCAUCAUUAAUCAUUCCUGAAGCUGAACUCUAAAGCUGCUUGUUUGCUGAUAGAAUCUCCCAUCAGGCCCGGCGUCAGAUCGCUGCCUCCUAUCAGACGCAGCCAACACUACGGGAUGAAUAACAGAUCUGAUCCAAAGUGGAGUGUCUUCUCUCAGAAACAUUCACCUGGAAGAGAUUCACAAAGAGAACCAUGGACUUCCUAUCUGACAGUGUUUUUGUUUUUUAAUCAGUUUGUGUGAAACGAUUCGUUCUCCUUCGGCACGGACGCCAUACGGCCGCGAGUUUCAGUUUUAACCCAAAGUGUUUCGGGUUCAUUAAAGAUCAGGCUGAAGUUUUA